GCGAGGAAGCCGUGGAUCUUACAGCGACGAGAUCUCAUCAAGGCGACGAAGCCGAUGAUCCUAUGGAAGAGGAUGAGGAAGAAGGUAUCGAUGAGCAAGACGAGCAGGACGAGGACGAGGAGGGCUCGCGCAAACAGAUUCACCAUCGACAGGACGCGGAGAACAACAAUAACUUUGUGGAGAGCAGUCUGUCUAGCGCUAUGUUUCCGCCACCUGGAACUAGUCACGUUACCCUUGAAGCCCUUCAGAAUACAAAGGUGGCGGUCGCCCAGUUCGCUGCCACUGCCCUCGCUGGGGCAGACAGCGAAGCGGCAUUACAAGACCUGGCACAUGUGGAAAACACACUGUGCACCCUUCAGAAUCAACAGGUAUUGCAAUUACAGUUGAUUCGACAACUUCAGCAACAAUUGUUGAUUACCCACGGGCAAUCGAUAAUGCAAACAUCGGCGACGGAGUCGACCGACAGCAAAGAGGCCUCGUCGUCACCUAUUAUUCACUCGAAACCACUGUCGAAUCUCGCGUCACCUCCCUCUUCUCGUCCGCCGAGUCAUCAUCAGCAAACAUCACCGGCGCCGCUGACGCCGAAUUUGCUUCAGGAACGACCCACCUCGACGAGCAGCGCCUCUCCUUUGAAUCUACCCCUAUCUUCAUCCAGCACGACUUCAACUGUCGCCACGACUACCAGCACCCAAAUUCCAAUGCCGCAUCAAAUGCCGCCGCUUUGCUCGAUAAGCGCAUCCCUUGCUUCGUCGAUCAUAACGAACACCGAUCCGCCACCGCUUCACGAGCCGAACACUCUGGAUAUCCUUCAGAAACGUGCUCAGGAGGUGCUGGAUAACGCGAGCCAGGGACUAGCCAACAAUUUGGCUGACGAGCUCGCAUUUAGAGGCAAGGGCUCGCGACUAUCACCAUACGAUUCGAAAUCAAGCGGCGGUCGCGGCGAGCCCUUCUUCAAGCAUCGUUGUCGCUUCUGUGGCAAAGUCUUCGGUAGCGACUCGGCGCUACAGAUCCACAUACGAUCCCACACAGGUGAGCGACCCUUUAAGUGCAACGUAUGUGGCAGUCGGUUCACAACCAAGGGCAACCUGAAGGUCCACUUCCAAAGGCAUACGGCCAAAUUUCCACAUGUUAAGAUGAAUCCGAAUCCCGUUCCAGAACAUUUAGAUAAAUAUCAUCCACCCCUCUUGCAGCAAAUCGCAGCUUCCGGGCAGAGACCAAUGCCGUCCCCGCCGCCGCCGCCACCGCCAUCCUCUCACCAUCCUUCGUUUCAUCCGGCAGCAACACACGGUUUCCUUCCCCCACAACCCCCUAUACCACUGAGUACUCUCACUUUAUCCAAUAUGACACCUCUUUACCGAUCCCCGGUUAUUAAUCACCGGGACGAUCAAGAUGUCCCGGAGAAUCUUAGUAAACCCAUAAUUACCGUCCCACAAACGUCUCCCACUUCCCCCGCUGCCGUAUCGAAUUCUCGUCAUCCCUUUCACGACAAUCAUCAUCAGCAACAUCAAAAGCAGCAGCUUGAGCAAAGAGAGGAGAUAAAGCUUGAACAGAGAUCGCCCGGACAGGAGCAGUAUCAGCAACGACCGAUGAGCCGGGAGGGCACCGAACGAAUAACACCGAAGAGAGAACCCGAAGAAGCGGAAGAAGUCGCGGAGGAAGAGAGCGAAGAUUUUGAGGAAACAAGACGAUACCUUAAUUCACCUCACUCCGCAAAUCCACCGUCCCAGCCGCAAACAUAUGAGGAUUGUAGUAUGGACAGUAAGAUCAGUGGACGUUUAGAGGGCGACGGAGAAAUGGAAGUGGACGAGGAAACAGAGGAACAACCUGAAAACCUCUCGAGCAGAGGUACGAUCAAUCGUUUAUCCCAACAGAUCAUAGCGUAUCCAGGAGCGUCACCAGCCAGCAGCAGCGCGAGUAGUGGUAGUCUACAGACAUCUUUCGCCGGAAUUCUGUUCCCAGGUCCCCCUCAUCAUCAAAUUCCUCAUCUUCCUGUCUCUACGCAAGCAGGACCGUCCACGGCGUCCGGAAGCGAAGCUCUAAUCGAUCCGGCCAAGGAUCCAGCCAUUUAUUCGACCCUGUUACCGCGACCGGGCAGCAAUGACAAUUCCUGGGAAAGCUUGAUCGAAAUAACGAAAACCUCGGAGACGUCCAAACUGCAGCAGCUGGUCGAUAAUAUCGAGCAUAAACUGAGUGAUCCUAAUCAAUGCAUCGUUUGCCAUAGGGUGCUUUCAUGCAAGAGCGCGUUGCUGAUGCAUUAUCGCACUCACACCGGCGAGCGUCCUUUCAAGUGUAAAAUUUGCGGUCGCGCCUUCACGACGAAGGGUAAUCUGAAAACCCACAUGGGGGUGCACAGAGCUAAACCACCGCUGAGAGUGUUGCACCAGUGUCCCGUAUGUCACAAGAAAUUCACGAAUGCUCUCGUACUGCAGCAGCACAUACGUCUUCAUACCGGGGAGCCCACUGAUCUCAGCCCGGAACAGAUCCAAGCUGCGGAGGUAAAUGAGUUCCCGGCCGGUUACCCUCAUCCGCUGGCAUCAUUCCUUCCACAAGGAUUUCCGCCGAUACAUCCGACUAGCGCGGGUUUUUCCUUAGGAUUCCCCCCAUCCAGGCAAACAGCCAUUGAGCAACAAUCGCAGGAGAGCGAUGCCGAGGCGAAGGAGGACUCUCAGCAUCAACGGCAGAGAUUUAUGGAGGAGCACAGCGAAGAAAUGGAGGAUCAGGAGGACGAGGAACAAGAUCACAGGGAGGACGACGAGAGGAGCGAGCCGAAUCGCGAUAGGCGUAGCAUCGAGGUCGAAGAGGAGCAAGACCAUGAAAGCGAAGAUACGACGGAGCACAAGGACGUGACGCUUCCUAUAUUCUCGACCUCGCUGGCGGCGCUCGAGAAUCAAGUGAGGACCAUCACGACGAUGGCCACGACGGCCACGAACAUGGCCAGAUCGCCUUCCUUUCAUCGGUACAACGGUAGCGAAAAGAGCAAUAGCCCGCCAACCUCCGGCGCCCCCCUCGAUCUGACGCCCCGCGCGUCGUCCACACCGGCGUCGGUGGCUUCGGCGUCGCCGACGCCGCCGCCGCCGCCGCCGCCGCCUCAGCCUGGGUCGCACCACCCGCCGAAUCCCUUCGGCAUGUUUGCGGGACUACUACAAGCGGUCUCGUCCUCUCCCACCACCAGCACAAUCGGCACGUCGAACAUAAACAGCGUCACCUCGAUGAGCGCCACCGUCAAUCCGGGAAGCGGACCCGGCGGUGGACCACUAGCCUCGCUGACCACUUCGGCCGUGCUAGCCGCGUCAUCGACCUACAAUCCGCUCGGCCUAGCUGUCGGAGGGCCAGCAGUACGUGGCAAUACCACAUGUAAAUUCUGCUACAAGACGUUUGCGUGCCAAUCUGCGUUGGAAAUUCAUUAUCGGAGUCAUACGAAGGAGCGACCAUUCAAAUGCAGCAUAUGCGAUCGAGGUUUUUCUACGAAGGGUAAUAUGAAGCAGCACAUGUUAACCCACAAGAUUCGCGACAUGCCGCCACACCUAUUCAGCGAUACCAAACAUCAACAACAGCAACAGCAGCAGCAACAGCAGCAGCAGCAGCAGCAACAGCAGCAGCAACAGCAGCAGCAACAGCAGCAGCAGCAGCAACAGCAGCAGCAACAGCAGCAGGAUCACGAAACCUCCAGAAGUCCAAUGUGCGUCGACGAUUCGAGUCUACCGCCUCCACCACCGCCACCUCCACCACCCCCGCCAAUGCCACCGACGUCUAUCGAGUCCGCGAUACCAGUGAAGAGAUCUCCGCCGGAAGGAGAUCUGCCGGCACCGAAAAGACCAGCCAGCGUGCCGAGCAAGCACUUGUGCCAGAUUUGCAAUAAGAAUUUCUCCUCAUCUUCGGCGCUCCAGAUCCAUAUGAGAACCCACACUGGCGACAAACCGUUCCGAUGCACCGUCUGCCAGAAGGCGUUCACCACCAAAGGCAACCUCAAGGUGCACAUGGGUACUCACAUGUUCACCAACGGAACGUCGCGUCGAGGUCGACGGAUGUCGUUGGAUCUACCGCCUCUGCCCAUCACGCCCAAGGACUCGGAGUUUCUCCAGCGACGACCGGACCUUUUUUACCCGUAUCUACCCGCGCCAUUCCUUAACGGCGUCCAGCAGAAGCUGAACGAGAUUUCGGUGAUUCAAAGUAGCAACGGGUUACCGCCACAUUCUUUGAGCGCGGGCAAGUAUGCGGCGAGCCUGUUCGGUUCGGUGUACGGUGCCGGCGGGGGUGGCUUCUCCCUGGAUAAACAACCGAUGGCGCCAACCAGCAACGGGCCCCUGGUGGACGGCAAGUCCGCGAUACCCUCGGGCUCCAUGCUCUUCCAAACACCGUCGCCCUCGCAUUCACCCGGAGCGCCAUCGUCCAACGGUGGCAGUCAGAAUUCCGCUAGCGUGCCGCCUUGGACGGGCGACACUCUUCAGCACCACUUCGACCGGGAAACACCGAGCAGAACCGAAAACGACGCCACACCGCCCACAGCGCGGCUACCACCGCCACCGGCGAGGGGGGAGGGAUUAGCCGCGUGAAACCUAACGGAUACAUAUCUUUCCACCUAAUUGCACGCGAUCGUCCGUUCAUAGCGGACCGAAUCUCCGCUACGUAAGAGGCUGAUAUAUACAAUUGAUAUACAAGAGAAUUCUCCAGACUGAAUCUAGUUUAGAAGAACAGAGAAAGGACCGUGGCGAGUGAACGCUGACAGCGAGCAGUUCGACCCCGCCGUCUCUCUCCGUCCCAGUCGGCGAAAGGUUUUUCUUCAUCGAUUUAUUCGUAUUGGUCCCGCAAGAUCUGCGCGCGACCACUAAAAGUAGAAGACUUACAGAAGUUUUCACUCGCGUGAAUGAUGCACCGCGUCAAAAAUGUGAUUCCGCAAAUCCCGAUCGAGGCAGUCACGCCGUAUAACCACGGCUAUCUUUCCCGUGCUGCCUCCGUACAUUUAUAUGGGAGGACAAUCUCUCCGGAAUCUCUAAGAGAAAUCGAUCGUUUGGAUCUCUUCGCGUUGAGGAAACACGUUAUCGGAACAAUCGCGGUGCAGGUCGACCGAGCACGGCGUAGCCGUUUGGUGAUCGAACAUGUUUUUGGCAUUUCUCCACGUACGAGCGAUGACAUAUCUCUCCCUCUAUGCCUCCCCCUCCCUUUCCCUUCUUCUCCCGAAUAGCCCGAUAGUGUGGUUUUUCAAUGUCUGCCGCAAGCGAAGACACCAUGUUCCUAUUAUCGCACUAGUCUUAAUAUGCAUAAAAGGGAUCAGGAGACUCCAUUGAUCCGUCGACGGCUUCCGAGUAGGCUAAGACAUCGAGAGUUACGAAAUCUCGGAAAUUCUCGAUACGCGAGGCUCGAUCACGUCACGCGGCCGCUGCUCGCGUUUAUCGUUUAUUCAAGGCGAGAUCUCGUGUGUCGCUCGUCGCGAUGCGGGCGGCCGAUGACGAGACGUUCCGUUUAAAUAUUGAUCCCGCGCGCGCGCGCGCGCGCGCGCGUGUUC